AUGGACGGUAACUUCCCAUACAACGGCAUUCUCCCAUUUACAUACCAAGCAUCUGGGAUUCUCUUUGCAGAUUGGAUAAAUCUAUUUACACUCUGUCUCGCCCCCCUCAUUGUUCAUAUCGUUGCUGGCGUUCCAUCGCCCGUCUAUCUCUCUAGCCCACGACCUCGUUGGCACGAGCGGCUCGGCCACUAUAAUCCUACUUCGAUACUAUGGCGUUACUUCUCCAUUAUCGAUCGACGAGCACGAUCGCGUGCAUGGAAUUCUGCGGAUAUGGCAGCUAGUAAUGCAUAUUUUUGGACAUCGAGUGGUUGGGAUGGCUCCGAAAAUAUGAUGCGGAAAAGUCGACGCUUUUGUUCUCGCAUUCCUAGUUCCCCGCAUGCUGUUUGGGUUUCGAAGACCUCAGCCGAAACAGUAGCGACUGUAUUGCAAGGGCUGCAAGCCGCUUGGCAAUUGGUCGGAGGAUUGAACGGGGGUGCCUAUUCUAAUACUAUCUCUCUGGGGACGGUUUUUGCACCGCUGGCUAUAUGCGGAUUAAUAAGAUUACCAGCGGCGGUCUGGAUAUCUGAUGACUACUCUUACGUGGAUGUAGAUAUCGAUAGCGAUAGUGACUUCGAAAUGGAAACUCGCAACGGAUACAGCCUAACUGGCACGCAAAUCACCAACAAGUCGUACCCUUCUCAGCUUAGGACUUCUCGAACCAUUCUCAGUCCAGUCGCUUAA